AUGAGUAACAUGAAGAAGAUGGGGAGCGGGGAGAAGGUGGCGGUGGAGCGGCUGUUAUGGGUCUCAGUGGUGGAGAAAGGCGCAGACUUGGGGUUGAAGAGAGAGAAGGCACGACGGAAGAGAGUUAGGUACAAGGAAAGUGAAUUGUUAAAACUGGACAUUCAGAUUAAUGGUGAUACUGUAGAACCGUUGGCAACUAUUGUGCACAGGGACAAGGCAUAUGCUGUGGGUAGAGCUUUGACUCAAAAGCUGAAAGAGCUUAUACCAAGACAGAUGUUUAAAGUGCCUAUCCAAGCAUGCAUAGGUGCGAAAGUUAUUGCUAGCGAAUCUUUAUCGGCAAUUAGGAAGGAUGUUUUAUCUAAAUGCUAUGGUGGGGAUAUAACAAGGAAGAAGAAACUGCUUAAAAAACAGGCUGAAGGGAAGAAAAGAAUGAAAGCAAUUGGUAAAGUUGAUGCACCUCAAGAAGCCUUCAUGGCUGUGUUGAAACUUGAAAAGGAGGUACUAUGAUCAGAUUUCUUUGUAGUUUGUAACAUUAUAUAAGAAGCUAUAGCAAUUUUUGCGUUUGUCUUAGUAUAGUUGGGUUAGUUUAGAUCCA